CGCCCUUGUGCACAAUUUCCCUCAACACCGGUUUUGAAUUCAAAGCUGACUGCCUCAGCUGGGAUGGCGACCUCUCAGAAGUUAACAGAACACUUCCUGACAUGUACAAUAUGUACAGAGGUGUUUGACAAGCCAUGCACACUUGUGUGUAAUCACACCUUCUGUCGGAAAUGUGUCGUCAGCUUCACCAAAACCAGACCAGAAGCCAUCAGUGCCAAGUCUCUCCUGUGUCCAUUCUGCAGCAAGAUGACGAAAGUGUCUUUCCCUGAGAAGCCAGUGGAGGAGUGGGCGGAUGACAUCAAGCCUAUGUUUGUCAUCCAGGGACUCCUGGACUCAUUCGGCCCUGGAUCUAAAGACACGACCUACUGCCGUUAUUGUAAGGAGGAAGGGGAGACAACUCCUGCUACCUCUUGGUGUUCUGUUUGUGACGACGCCCUCUGUGAACGAUGCUUGCGGAUGCACAAUAGAAACCCAUCCUCACGUCACCAUGACGUAGUUGACAUGUCUGGAGAGGUCAAGGUCAGAAGAAGGCGACGAGUUAUGUGUAAGGACCACAAAGAUGAAGACAUUAAACUGAUGUGCAAAGACUGCAAGAAAGCAGUUUGUCAAACAUGUUGUAUUAUUUAUCACAGAAAUUGUAAAUGCGUUGUUGACAUUGAAAAGGAAAUACCUUCAAUGAAAUCAGAACUGACCAGGAAUAAAAACAACUUGAUGAAGAAAUAUGAUGAGAUAGAAGCUCUCGUUGACAAACAGAAAACAAGAUCCAAAGAAGAAUCAACGCGUUAUUUGCAAAUGGAAUCAGACAUCAAGUCUACCACUAAGAAAGCAAUUGAUAUGAUCAAACGCAAGGAAAGAAAACUUCUUGAUGAACUGAAAGAAAUCUCAGACAAUUACAUAAGGCAAUUAAAAGCAGACAUAAAGUCAGGAGAGUUGUCAGUACAGAUGUACCAACAACAGGCGGAGCUGAUAGACCAGACUCUACAGUCUGAGUGUGAUAUGGAUGUGUAUGAGAUGUAUCAGGGAUGCGAGGCCGGUGAUGUGGAUGCUGUCAGGAAUGCAGACCUGAGAGAGAAGGGGAGAAUAGCCAGCAUCAUGUUCAGACAGGACACGGACCAGCUGAGUAGAGCACUGGACGAUCUACAGCUGGGUGAGAUAUACGUCUUGUGUGAAGGUGCACUGAACCUAAAGGCGACUCCUGUGUUACAAGACACAAUUAACGUCAGAGUAGCAGGAGACGGAAAAGCAGUAGAUGCCACUGAUGUCACAGUACUUGUUGUGAAUGGUACAGAUACAGUUGUAGUCACAGACUAUAACAACACAAAUGUGAAGUCCUUCUACACCAGGAAUAACAAGGCAUGCCACAGUAAGCUCAGUCUGAGCAGCGGACCUUACGGUGUGACAAAAGUGAAACACAACCAGGUAGCUGUCACUGUGCCAAAUAGCUUCCAGAUUGUAACAGUUGAAGUCAACCCUGACCUGGUGUUGCUGUCAACCAUCACAACCAACAAACGGUACAUCGGUUUAACGUCUCUGACGUCAUCAACACUAGCAGCAGGUUCCCAGUCUCCUCCCUGUGUUGAUAUCCUGGAUAUGUCGGGACACGUGCUGAGGUCAAUCAGCCCACUCCACAAUGCCAACAACAUAUUACAGUGCCCCAACUUCCUCUGUACUACGAGGAAAGGAGACAUCCUUGUGACUGACUGUGAAUCCAAGUGUGUUGUUUGUCUGACCCCCGGGGGAGAUGUGGUGUUCACCUACAGCCCUCCAGGAGACACAACACUGAAAUUUCCAUGUGGUAUCACAAGUACCAGCACAGAUGACAUCCUGGUGACAGAUUUCUACCAGCACAGAGUCAUCAAUCUGACUGAGUCGGGGGAAUUUGUGAGAAACAUACUGACAUCACAGGAUGGUAUUCAGGAUCCCUGGGGUGUGUGUCUAGAUGGGCGUGGGUGUAUGUAUGUGUGUAUGUCAAGUGAGGUUAAGGUUUUUCACUGCACUUAUUAAGUGGAGACUGGACUGAAAAACCUUGCCUUUUACGAACUACAUGUGUUUGUUAUUUUGUAGAAUCGUGUAUUUGUUUGUGUGUUUACAUUUCAAGAACAUAAACAAUGUCAGAGGACCAUAUGAACAAAUCAACAAAGUUUUUGUAUGUGAUCGUUGGACAUGUUAGAUAGAUCUAUAAUGCAUCUAUGUUUCACAUUUUUCCCAUAUAUUAUGUAAAUCACUGAUAUAUAGUGUAGGUUUCAAUGUUCCUGUUACUGUGAAUAAUAUAAAUAAAUAUGGAGGAUGA